UGGCUGGCUCCUCUGCUAUUCGGGAGGCAUGAGGACUCUCUGGGGGACAGCUGAGCACCUCGUCAGGACCGGGUGCAGAUUCUGGCACUUGGGACUCUCCAAGGCCCUUGUCCCACUUCAGGCUGCCUGGGUUGCCUUCUCUCAGCCUGUCCCAACCAGCUGUGGCCAGCUGUUGACUCAGCUCCUCCUAUGUGGUUCCCUGGCUGCCGCGGCUGCAGGUCUGGCCCACCAAUGGCUAGUGUCCUUGCUGCUUUAUCCUCUGGGACCCUCGGCCAUGGUGUCCACUGUCGGUGGCCUCCUGGUCUUCCUGGGGCUGGGCCUGGUGCCUCCGGCUCGCUGCCUGUUUGCCCUCAGUGUGCCCACCCUGGGCACAGAGCAGGGCCGCCGUCUGCUCCUGUCCUGGAGCACUGCCACCCUGGCUGUCACCGUGGUGCCCAACAUCUUGGCCAAUGUGGGCGCAGCUGGACAGGUGCUGAGGUGUGUCACUGAGGGCUCCCUGGAGAGUCUGCUCAACACCACACACCAGCUGCACGCAGCGUCCAGGACUCUGAGUCCCACUGGCCAAGGCCUGACACUCCAGGCCCAGGGCAAUGGCUCUGUCUUCCGGCUUCAUAUGCUCCAGGUCACUCAGCAGGUCCUGGAGGACUUCUCUGGCCUGGAGUCCCUGGUCCGGGCAGCAGCACUGGGGACCCAGAGGGUAGUCACAGGGCUCGUCAUGCUUGGCCUCCUGGUGGACUCAGCCCGAUAUCUCCAUUGCUACCUGACUGACCUGCAGUUUGAUAAUGUCUAUGCUACAUGGCAGCUGGCCCAGCAGCUGGAAGAGGCCCGAGCCACACACCUGCUGGCGUCUCCACCAGCCUGGCUGCUUCGGGCAGCUUGGCCAAGGCUGUCCCAAGGGGAGCUGCUGAGCUGUCUACUGAGGCUGGGGCCACUCACCCUGCUCCUGCUGGCCACAGCUGUGACAGUGGCCACCGACCACGUGACCUUCCUCCUGGCACAGGCCACCGUGGACUGGGCUCAGAAGCUGCCUUCUGUGCCCGUUACACUCAAGGUCAAGUAUGAUGCUGCAUACACCGUCCUGGGCUUCAUCCCCUUCCUCUUCAACCAGCCGCCUCAGGAGAGCCCCUUCCUGUCAGCCCACAACUCCUUCCAGUGGGAGCUCCGUUUCACCUCCCGCAGCUGCCCUCUGCUGCCUGCCCAGCGCCCCCACACCUCAGCCCCGCUGGCCGCGGGGGUCCUGCAACUCGUGGCUUGUUCCACAGUCCUGCUGGAGACCUACGCCCGUAGGUUGCGACACACCAUCGCAGCUUCCUUCUUCAGCGCGCAGGAGGCAAGGAGAGUCCGCCACCUUUAUGCCCGGCUCCAGAGGAGCUGCAACCGGAACCGAGACCAGCAGCCGCUCCUGCGGACUCCUUCCUGACCCCCGCACCUGGUUCUGCCCGCAAGCAGGGCAGGACACACAGGCCUACUGCAUAGUGGACACGUGGAAAAACAGACAAGCUUGCAGAAGAGAGGGAAGAUCUUUGGAGUUGCACGAACCUCAGUUGUAGCCUUGGCCCUUCUGCUUCCUCCCUGUGUGACCUUGGGUAGGUUGCUGCACCUAUCUGAGCCUCAGUUUCUGCAGCUGCAUAAUGACAAUGGUGUGAUCUACUUUCCACAUGGAAAUGCGGUAAGGACAGAAUGAAAUUUGGGCCAUGAAAGGCCUCCACCAACAGAGAAGGACUAUGCCAAGGGGAAGGCAAGGAAGUGCAGAGAUGGUUCAGCCCCACCCCUCACCCUGGCCAGGUGGGGGUCCGGCCAGGCUCUCACCUGCAUCAACUGCUUUACCCGGUCGGUGGCAACUUUGCCUUAUGAAUGUGUCUAAAUGCUCCUGGAACUUAUUUAUAUGCCCCCAAAUCAUCUGAACUUGAUAGUA